AUGAACAGAUUCAAGUGGAAUGUAGAUGUAAGAGAUGCGACUCUUGAAGGCCUCAAGGAAUAUAUACGCAAAGAAUAUAAUCCACCGUCUCUUGAAAAAGAUGAAGUGAUAUUAAAAUUCAUAAUGUGUCAGCUUUACGAACUUGGUGAAUCAGAUGACUCAUUAUUGUCAGUAUUCUUGCCUUUUACUUGCGAGUACAAAGAUCUGGAAGAAUAUUCUUUCCAAGCAAUAUUUAAACUUCUUAUAGCCGAACUAGAGGUUCGUCUCAAGUCUAUUUCAAUCAGUGGAAAUGAUGCAUUGAAAUUACAAUAUGUGUGUUCUUACCUUGUCGCAGAAGUAAAGGACGAAAUUAUUUUUAAGGGUAUUGCUCGGAAUGCUGUUCAACUUGAAUCUGCUUUAUCAAACUGUAAAUGUAAAGCAAACGAGAUGGAAAAAGAAAGUGUAUUUAUAGGUAAGACUUUUGGAAUCAUCACAGAUGCAAAAGAAUGGUAUUUUAUGGAGUGUUCUUCCAAUGAUCAGGACAGGAUAAAAAUUCAAACUAUCAAAGCUGGCGCUAUGCAUAAAAACUCGCCAGCACCUGGAAUUAUUCUGGAAUUGUCAUGGAACUGUCAUGGAAUUGGCAGAGAUUUAGGGAUACAAACUUAUAUUUAG